AUGUUGCAGAAAAGUUUAGAAGAAGAAAAAUUCAAAGAAAAAGUAGAAGCUAUAAAGGACAGAAUAGAAAUCGAUUGGGCAAUUGAACAUUAUACAAGAUUAGUAUUAAUAACAUGUGACAAGACAAUUCCGAAAAUAAAGGAUAACCAAAAACUAAAAAUCGCGUGGUGGUCCGACGAACUCGAAAGACUCAAGAAGGAGGCAGCAACGAAAAAGCGAAGGAUUAGAUGUGCCUGA